CAACAAUGCACCAUUAGUGACUUGUUCCACAUGCACCGUGGAUUUUUGCAGAGUGCUGGAUACGGAGGCACAAGCGGUGAACCAGAACAUUUGACAAAUUUACGGGUUGCUUUGGAGAAAGAGGAGGAGCAGCUACGACAUCUCCGACAGCAGCGCUUGCAGCUGGAGAGUUCCAAGGCACAACAACCUCCUUUUGCUCCAGAUUUGCCUUGCGAUGCUCCAGAUGACAUGGCCAUGAAGGCCUUGGCCGAGCAUGAGGAGCCUCCUCCGGCCAUGCUACAUCGGCUUGGUGUGGCAGUCAUGCUGCUUCUUGAGGCACCAUUCUUGGUGGAUUUGGGGGAUCAUCCGCUGCCAUCGCGGGUUCCAUGGCGAAACCUGCAAGUUCUCCUGCGCAAGGAGAAGGUGACCAUUCCAAACAAGGAUGAACAUUCGCAAAUGAAGGAAAUCCUUGCAGCUUUGCAAAAAGGGCCUUUCAACCAGCGCCUUGCUCUCCAUUUGAAGAGAAUACUUGGCGGUGAUCCCCCAGUGACGCGGUCCGAAGUUCUGGAACUUGAUCCAAAAUGUGUCGUUCUCUUCGACUGGGUCACGAAUUUGGUAGCGCCUCUUCUUGGUGGGAGCCAAGCCCCCGAAAUUUUGGAAGUCCCAGAACUCCCAGAGCAACGAGAAAGUGCUUCUGUGGCUGUGGGAGAACAAGAGAAGAAGGUGGCCCAGCUACGCCGGAAGUUACGUGAAACAAUUCGUUCCCAGCAAGCUGCUGCUGAGUUCGCAGCGCAGAACAAGCCUGGAAAUGUUGAGAUGGACACCCAGUGUGUAGACCCGGUACGCAAUGGGCACAGCAACGGCCAAGGUCGCCAAGGUGGGGCCGAGGAAAACGAGGUGCUUGGAAAGAAGGUCUCCAAGAGGGAACUUCUGGAGUUGGAGGUCACAGGGCAGAAAUCUCUCCAAUACCGUUUGGAAGAGGUCACAAUUCCUUCUACCCAGGAGGCCAUACUGCAAUCUCUGGUUAAGAUCUUGAUGGAACCGCGAGGAAUGCAUCGGCAUUUGGAGGUUGUUGGUCAUUGUGAGGACCGCGAGUCUGAUGACGUGGCCCAACGCCGUGCAGAGGCUGCUACUCAGUGGCUACUUGAGGCGGGUAUCCCUGCCGAGCGGAUGACGGUUUCCUGGGAGGUGGGUGGUCCAGCCCUCUGUCGUCGCACGGACUUUCGAUUGCUGGACAAAGCCGGCAGCGAGCUGGAAAUGCGGCAGAAAGCAGAGGAACUGAUGAGGCGUCUUUUUACAGGUCAGCUGAGUCAGCCAGAUCAACCAGAGAAUGGACACCAUCAACCUUCCAACAUUUCCAACAGCCUCGAAGACUCUUCUGACCGCGAUCUCUCGAAGUCUGGAGAAGCUGAUGUGAAGGUACCGGCUGGUCCAGCAGAGGUCCAUGCCGACGAAGUGGAAAAACAGAAGGGGUCUCCAACAGUGAGCUUGGAAGUAUCUGGAGAACAGGUACGUUUGGUCUUCAAGAAGGAGGGGCUCUCGCCCCAAGAUGCACUCCUGGACGUGGGCGCAAAGGUGGUGCGACUUGCAAGCUUGUCCGGUAGCUGGCCACAGAAGGAGGUCACCUUGCCCUUUGACGUCCAGCCAGAAGAGCCAGCAGCCAAGUUCUCGCGUAGAGCAGGCACUUUGACACUUACGCUGGCAGCUGCGAAGUGAAAAG